CACCCACACCACCCGCAUCGCCCACAUCGCUCGUCUAACAACCAACGUCACACGUCGUCGCCAUGCUCCCGUUCGCGCUUCCUAAAAAGGCAACCCCAGAAGACGCGCGGAAGAAGGCCGGGUACACUAAAUGGCAAUGGGACAGGUUCUACCGCCUCACCAAGUCGGAAGCAAAAAUGGUUCACCAGAAGCACCCAGACUGGACGUGGCCGGCGGUACCAGUUGAGGAGAAGGAGGAGAUGAUGAAACGGGUUAACGCUGAGUUAGCCGCAUGGAACAUUCCCGAGGUUGGGGAAGACGUGUUUGGCUGGCGGAUGUCAUUAGCGAUCCGAGACUGCCGCCAUACUGCAGGGAGUCGCACACGCCAUGCAAGCCAAUCGACAGACGCUCAUUCCGAGACGGGGCAGCCUGCUGCAAGCCAAGACUCAACCCCUGCCCGCAACGCUGGAGAAACCGUGCGACGCCUUCAAGAGGGUAGUCUAUGGCCAAUACGGAAGAUGAGCAAGCUGCGCAAGAGCGGAUUGGGACAUUGAGCAUGGGAGCUGUUCCUCCUCUGCAUACCUAGUCCACCCAAGGAGCUCGAGGACAGGCGAGGCAUCACCGGGGAUGUGCAUGACCGCCCGUGUAACCACUAUAGAAGAUGCUGAAUCAAGAUUUGCUCGCGGAAAGUUUUGGUGUAGGAACCCCGGCAUCGCGUUCCACCUCCUGAGCUCGUUCUUCGCGUAAGGGCGUCACCUUAACAGCGCUUUUAUACAAAUCCUUCGCAGAAAUACGCAUGGUAUCGAACUAAAGACACUCCGAAGCAUCGCCAC